AUCAGGGACUCACGUUUCCUUCAAACCAUAUCCACCAUGGAGCUUGUACUGAAGAUACUACUGAUAGUCUCCAUCUCUAUCGCUACCGGGACCUGCCUUGUGUGUGAGAAAUGCAAGAACUUUCAUGGAGAGACCUGCAAUGAGACUCAGACCACCACUGAGGUCUGCGACAAGUCGGUAACGCAAUGUCGGACUACCAUUAUGGUCGAAACAUUUGGUAAUAUCUCCUACUGGCAGACUUGGAAAUCCUGUGUCAACAACCCACUUUUGUGCAGUGAAACGAGGAACAUGUCCGUAGGAUAUGAGCUUUUCAAAAAAACAGUGUGCUGUAAGGGGGACCUCUGCAAUAAGGGGGCAAUAAAAUUGGAGUCUAGAAACAGGACAGAGAAUGGGGUGGAGUGUCCAUCCUGCUAUGCCCGAGCAAAAAGCUGUACGGUAUCUAAUAUCAUGAAAUGCCAGGGACCCCAGACGAGAUGCUUGUCAUUCUCUGGAAGAAUCUUUAACUCAACUCAGUUUGAAUUAUGGGCCUAUAAGGGGUGUACGACCGAGAGUGCUUGCCUGUAUCGGGCUCCACCAUACCCAGACACCUUAUUGCAACGAGGAUACAGACUGUACUGCAAUGUCCCCAAACAAAAAACCUACAAUGUCAAGUCAUGAAAAUAAAAAAAUCAGAAUUAUGAAGAUACAUCUGCUGUAUUAAACCACAGUUUUACUUUUUAUAUAUUUAAUAUUUAAGAUGCUGCAGCAAAACAUUUAGC